GAACGCUACUCUGACUACGUACGCUAAACGUGUGGGCAUCUUCAAUUUUAGCCCACGAACUCGCAUCUUUCAGGGCUCUAGUUUGUUUUUUUUACCAAAAUUUAAGGUAUCAUCAGUCUUUAAAAAAAAGUCACGCAUGCUCGAACUGAGUAACGCCUUUUAAAAAAAACAACAUCAAACAAUUUAAUAUAUUAAAUACCCCUUCAUAUUGAAGUAUCGUAUGAAGUCUCCAGUCAAGAGUACAUAUUUCAAAACUUUUCUAAACUCAAGUAGAUUGGUGCGAUAUAAUGAUAUCUAUACUUGUGAACACAGAUCACAAGGAAACGUGACGGCCACAUGAUUCUCCCAAUAAACUACUGAAAAUAUUACUUGGUAAAAACUGAGGAAACAAACAAACAAUUUUCCUGAGAAUCAGUGCGAGACAGAAUAAUCUGGCAAGACCAACGAUGCCGAAGACUGGGAUGAGUUUUUUUGUGAUCACCGCCGUCCUGCUUGUCAGCGGAGCUAGGAGUUUCAUAUUAUCGAGGAGUCACACAGAAAGUCAGAGAUAUAGAGAUCGUAUAUUUCACCAAGGAAGACGCAUACCACAGAUUAGCCAGUCCCGUAUUUCAGAAGACGGACGUAGUCCUAUGUAUAACCAGAGAGCUCAUUGGCGCCACCUAGCGAAUCGUGUGCACUAUGAUAACAAUAAUCGAAGGUUCUCAUCUCUCUCGCCUCAUCUGUUUGGAGCUACAACUAAUAGAUAUGAUCCAAAAUCCACCUUGUUACAAGGUGGACAUUACCCGCUUAAAAGGGGCCGACUAAAUCGUUUAACGUAUCGCCGCCAUGGCGUUCGAGGGCAUAUUACGAUUUCAACUGCGAGAAAAGGUCACACCCGCACUAGGAUCCCAAGACGACGUAAAGGAGAAGGAGCUGCUCGUUUCUUUGCUCCUGCACAGGAUCACUUCGGUAGUAACAACUCACGAUUGGAAGUUCAAAGUGACCAACCAGCCUACAAUAGGUCUAAUAUAAUUUUAACUCAUGUAUCUCAAGUUUUUCCUUCCAGAGAACGUGCGUCAGAAAGAUACACCAUCAAACUUCCUCUGACAAGUCCAUCAUCUUAUCAGGCAUACACUAGAGGGCAACGGCGUAGAGGCAGUGUGGUGAAUAUUUCAACACCACCAAGGGCUUAUCGGGAUCGGUACACCAAACAACCUCGUCCACAGAAGUUGUUUCAUGUGCAGAUAGAGGGAGCCAGGAAAGCCAUUCCACAGAGUUUCUACUACAGAACAGAUACUCAGCUACCAAUAAGAAGAUCCAUGAGCCUCCGCACAACCAACAGGCCUAUCUCAAGUAUGUGCAUCAGAUGUCCACGUGAUCAAAAAAUAAUUGUGGACCGGGGUCAAACCUGUGCUGUCACCUCUUUGCCUCCUGUUAGGACAUGUUCUCGGCUGUUAAGAUCUCCAGGUUCAGUAGAGAUUGCUGUAACUCUUGGUCCCAGGCCUGGCACUAAGGUCUCCGAAGGUGAAUAUUUCAUACAACUCCACAUUAAGAAAGCUGGAAUCAAACUUCAAACCUGCCAGUUCCGGCUUCACGUAAAAGUUCUAAAAUGUCCGCUUCUGAAGGCCCCGGACCAUGGAUACGUAAGUUGUUCUAAUGGCACAACAUGGGGAAGCAUCUGUAGAUUCACAUGUGCGAGUGACCACAGGCUUGUAGGAAAAGAGGUCAUCACCUGUGAAGGUGACCAAAGCAGUGUUCAGUGGACUGGUCAGUCACCAGUGUGUAAAGUUCAGGAAUGUCCUGCAUUGAUGGUCCCAGAUCAUGGAUUUAUGACGUGCACCCGUGGACCUUUAAUUCCCGGUAGCAGGUGCAGAUUUGCAUGUAACAUAAACUACCAGUUACUUGGGAGCGCUAGUGUCAUGUGUAUGAAUGAUCACGGUGUUAUUCACUGGAGUGGCGUAUUGCCAUUUUGUAGAGUUGCAGAAUGUCCACCAUUAAGGCCUCCUGAUCAAGGAUUCGUUCUGUGUUCUAAUGGAUCAGCGAUAGGAAGUACCUGUCAGUUUUCAUGUAGAAAACACUACUUACUCGUUGGAAGUGUUUCGGUCACGUGCCGAGAUGACCGACAAACCUACAGAUACUGCCCAAGUUCCUUUCAUUAGUGCACCUUAGAACUCCGUGUUCUGGGACAGUUAGUGAAGGACACU